GUAACACUUUCCAACUAGCUGGCAUUUGCUUUGCUACAUUGGAAUUGUAAAAGUGGCAAACAAAAUAAAUAGUAUACAAAUAUACUGAUAAACAAAUAUUAGAAGAUACCUAUAAUCUGAACGUGGCCUGAAAAUCAGUCUAUUCAAGACUGUUGGCUCUGUCUAUCUCGCAAGGGAUUUGGACGUGGUUGUAUACAAUUUAUACAAUACAUAUAUAAAUAGUUUUGUCAUAUUUCAUUCUAAAUUGUAUUAUUUGUCCUUAAAUGCUGUUGAAUCUUGUAAGUUAAAUUCUUUGUGACUAAAAUAAUUUUAAAAUGACUUCUCCAGAGGAAAUGAAAGAUGUAUUGGACAAAAACCUAGAGGACUAUGAGAUUCAAGAAGUCCUCAGAAAAGGUACCGACUUACGUGAAUACGCUUUACAAAUAGACAAAGGGAUUAAAGAAGCAGAAAAGAGUUCUGUGGCCGAUUAUUUAAAAGAAAGUGAAAAUAUCAGUUCCUUACACAAUCAAAUAGAAGAAUGUGAUGGCAUUUUGGCUCGUAUGGAAAGCAUGCUCAUGGUUUUUCAGAAUGAUCUUGGGAGUAUAAGUAAUGAAAUCAUUAGCCUUCAGAAACGUUCUGUCAGUAUGUCUGUGCAGUUAUCCAACCGACAAGUUUUGAAAGCGCCUCUAUCAUCAUUUAUUGAAGACAUGGCAGUCUCUGAAACACUAAUAUUUGGCAUUAAUAAUGUUCCUGUUACUGACAAAGAGUUCAUGGUACAGCUUGCCAUUUUAAACCAAAAGCUUAAUUUUGUAAAAGAACAAGAUUUUAAGGAAACAAAAGCAUGUAAUGAUGUAAAAGAUGUUCUUGAAAAAUUAAAAAUCAAAGCAGUGUCUAAAAUAAGAGCCUAUAUCUUGGAACAGAUUUACAAAUUCCGUAAACCAAUGGCCAAUUAUCAGAUUCCACAGAAUGCUAUGCUCAAAUACAAGUUCUUUUUUGAGUUUGUAUUGGCUAAUGAAAGAAAUGUUGCCCAGGAAAUAUGCAAUGAAUAUAUUGAUACUCUAAGCAAAGUAUACUAUUCCUAUUUUAAAUCUUAUGCAUCCAGACUGGACAAAUUAAAAUAUGAAGAAGCUCCUACCAAGGAUGACCUUAUGGGUAUUGAAGAUGGCUCAAAAGGUGGCUUUUUUCAAAAGUCAAAUUUAAAAAACAAAAGUACUAUUUUUACAAUUGGAAAUAGAGGUGAUGUCCUAGCCCAACAACUGGAAGCGCCAAUAAUUGUUCCACAUGUUCAACAAAAAACCAAAUAUUCCUAUGAGGCACUAUUCAGAAGCCUUCAAUAUGCUCUUGUCGAUAAUGGGUGCAGGGAAUACUUAUUCACAACUGAAUUUUUUCAUGUGAAAGGAAGCCAUGCCCAGGAACUAUUUGAUAGAAUUCUUGGAAAAACAUUAUCUUUACUUGUGAAAAAUGUUGAAAACUAUGUCUUGGAGUGCUAUGACUGCCUUGCAUUAUUUUUAUGUUUGCAACUUAUAAACAGAUACAGAUGGAUGUGUCACAAAAGGGCUGUAGCAGCAUUAGACAGUUAUUGGGACUCGUUACAAAGUGCACUAUGGCCGAGACUUGAACAUGUAUUGAAAUUAAAUAUUCAAAGUGUCCGUGAAUGUGAUCCAGCAAAAUUAUCCAACAAAGAACUUGGACCUCAUUACAUAACUCGACGAUAUGCAGAAUUCUCAGCUGCGAUGCUGAGCUUAAGUGAACAAUUUCCUUCUGAAGAAUUGAGUAACCUACUUCUUAUUCUUCAAGAUGAUGUUCAUUGCUUUUUGUUAAAAAUGGCCGCAGAAUUUCCCCAAAGAAUACAGCAAUUAAUAUUUCUUAUUAAUAAUUAUGAUAUGGUUCUUAGUAUAUUAAUGGAAAGAACAAGAGAUAACACAAAAGAAGCUGAAAGUUUCAAGGAACAACUACAAGCAAGGAGCACAGAGUAUGUUGAAGAAAUAUUAAGUCCUCACUUUGGGGGAAUGAUGCAAUUUGUAAAGGAAGGAGAACAGAUCUUAGAAGGGGAGAAUAAAGCGCAACUUGCUAGUUUAGAGAAAAAGUCAAUCUCCUUGGUAGCGUCAUUUAGUUCAAGCUGGAAACAAAGCCUUGAAGAAAUACAUAGAGAAGUCCUUGUUUCCUUUCCAAACUUGGUAACAGGUUCAGGUUUAUUACAAAUGGCAUUGACUAACUUUGUUCAAUAUUAUCACAAGUUUGUAAAAUUAUUAACGCCAAAUGCACGAACACAACUUGUAAAUAUUCAUGUAAUUAUGGUUGAAAUAAAAAAAUAUAAAACUAAUUUUUAAGUGAUGCAAAUGUAAUAAAUAUCAACACUCACAAUAAAGGGAAGUUUUUUUAUAUAAACAUAAUAAACUCAAACUACAGAACCGAUUUUGAUGUAAUUUGGUACACAGAUAGAAAAGACUUUUAGGAAUAAUUUAUUUUAUGAAAUUUGUCACGGAAGCGAAGCACCGAUUGAAAUGUGAGUUUCUCUGAAAUUUAUCCAACUCCUAAACUGAUGUGUUAGGUACACCCAAAGUAAUAAUUAACACUCAACCACCACAAACAUAUAGUAUUGUCAUUAUAAUCUACCGACAUUGUAUGCUGUUUGUAAAAAAUAAUUAAUAAAUAAAAUAAUUAAAUUAUUUUGUAUUAUAUUAUUAUUUAUAAGACUUCAAAAUCUUUAAUAAAACAAAUAUGCAUUGC